UAAAGGAAACUAAGAUGGCGUCUUUGCAGUCAUUUGAUAAUUUCGGGUUCUUUUCAUCUUGUGGACGUAAUAUUCUUGUGGGAAUCUCCAUUGGCUUGGGAAUUGGGAUAGGAAUAGGUGCUGGAAUGGCUGCUUCAAGGAAAUGGCUUGCUGUGAGAAAGGAAGAACAAAAUAUUGUCGUUCAGCUCACUGAGUUGAGGGACGAAAUAAGAGAACUUCGUUGUACAGUGGUUAGACUUGAAGUAACCCUCACUGAAGGGAAAAAUAAACGAAAUGUACCACUGAAGAAUGAACCAUCUCGAGUGACUGUACAAAGUGAUGAGGAGACGGAAGACGAAUUUUUUGAAAUGUCCGGGGAAGAACUUUCCUCCAGUGCUUUGGACUUUGACCAUCUUAAAGCUAUCAUCGAUGAAGUAGACCAGCUACACUCCAAUAAUGAGACUGCAGCCAAGCAAAAAAUUCAUGGACUUCUACAUGAGUGUUUACAGAAACAUGAACACUGUGAAGUUAGCUGGAGAUAUGCAAGAUCUUGCUACGAUAUUGCAACAAUGAAAGGAAAAAGUGGAGAUGCUGAUGGGAAAAAAGACAUGUUAUAUGAAGGCAUUGCAGAGGCAAAGAAAGCAAUUCAAAUGGACAAAAAAAAUCCAAAUGCUCACAAAUGGUAUGCAAUAAUUCUUGGAAGCACAACAGAAUAUAAAAGUUUACAAGAUCAGAUUUUGCUGGGCUAUGAAUACAAGGAACAUAUUCAAGAAGCUAUUAAACUCAACAGGGAUGAUCCUGCUAACUAUCAUCUGUUUGGAAGAUGGUGUUUUGAGAUUUCUAUGUUGUCUUGGUGGCAGAGGAAAGCUGCCUCAGCAUUUGUAGCUGAACCUCCGUCAUCAUCUAUUGACGAGGCUCUUCAAAACUUUCUUAAGGCUGAAGAUCUCCAGCCGGGAUUUUGGCUGACAAAUUCGUUUUGGAUCGGAAAGUGUUACAAACAAAAUGGAGAUGUACCAAAGGCGAAAGAAUGGUUGAAGAAAGCUCUCUCGCUUCCAGUCUCCAGUGAUGACGACAAAGAAUCAAGCGAACAAGCUCAGAAACUGCUAGAGUCCUUAUAACGAAAGGUGUCUUCGACUGCGGCAUCUGCUAUCCCUUGAUAGGUCAAUGUGACAUGUCGGUAAAAUCUUUCUUUUUUUUUUGAGAGCAAAAGUUGCAAGCUCUCUCUAUUUUUGAUACGGUUUAUUUUUUAUUUUUAUUUGAUAUUCUGUUUUAAGAGCAAAAGGAAAAUUUAUAAAUGCUAAUUUUCCGUAGAUUAUAUGUAUGAACUGAUAGUAAGCAACGUCAUUUGUAUUCUGAUAGAAUAUUCUGUCUUUAAAAGACAGUGAGAGCAUUAUUAAUUUCCUUUAAUUAAAUCACAGAGUUGAUCUCUGAGAGAAAUAAAUGAAUCGGACGAUACUGAGUUUGUAGCUGUGUUAUUUAACCCGGCGUAACAGCCUCAUCAAACAGCUGAAGAACUAAGAAGCUACUCUAUAAGUACAAAAGAGAAUACUCGAAAACUUGAAUUUUCAAUCUUUUGUUUAAUUUGUUAAUAUUUGCAACUUUUUCCGCAACACAAUGCUGUGAUGACUGAACUUUGAAGAUUGCUGAACAAAUAUUCGCACCUAACAAAAAGAAAGCUUUUAACGCUUUUCUUCCUGAUUGAAUCUUAAACAGCAGAGAUAGCUACCCCAGUUUCCCUUAAUCUCCCCAUUGUGUCUUAGCGCCGCAUUUAACAGCGCAAUGCACUUAGCUAAUGCAUUAAUAGUGUCUAUUAUAGCCCUCUUUUUGAUUGCUGUCCUACGUUAUUGGUUAAAACUCUUAACUUUGAACAAAAUCAGGCGGCCAGAAUUGAGUACAACAGCCCCUCCAGCAAUAAAGCUUAAAUUACUUUUGUUUAUCUGAAGACUUCCUCUUUUGUCCAAUUUCUUCGAACCUAUUUGCACAACAUUUUA